GAACCCUCUUUCUACAUGCAACAACUCCUCUAUAUGUAACUCGCAUUUGGUGUGCCAACCUACUCAACAUAACCACACAAACAACAAAAGAGAAACACAAACAAACAUGAGUCCUACUACGUGGUUUUUUGUGGUGUGUGUUGCGGCAGUGUUGGUGCUUGUGAAUGGACAGUCAUCAGUGAAGCCGUUGGUGAAGACGGUGAAGGGGAAGAAGGUGUGUGACAAAGGGUGGGAGUGCAAAGGUUGGUCUGCUUAUUGCUGCAAUGAGACUAUCUCUGACUACUUCGAGACCUACCAGUUUGAGAACCUCUUCUCCAAGAGAAACUCUCCAGUGGCACAUGCUGUUGGAUUCUGGGACUACCGUUCUUUCAUCACUGCUGCAGCACUGUAUCAGCCUCUUGGCUUUGGCACCACUGGUGGAAAGACCAGUGGCAUGAAGGAGGUCGCAGCUUUCCUUGGACAUGUUGGAAGCAAGACCUCUUGUGGUUAUGGGGUGGCUACUGGGGGACCCUUGGCCUGGGGCUUGUGCUACAACAAGGAAUUGAGUCCUGAUAAAUUCUACUGCGAUGACUACUACAAGUUAACCUACCCUUGCACUCCUGGCGCAGCAUACUAUGGUCGUGGCGCCAUCCCACUUUACUGGAACUACAAUUAUGGAAAAGCUGGGGAAGCCUUGAAGGUGGAUCUGUUGAACCAUCCAGAAUACAUAGAACAAAAUGCCACCCUAGCCUUCCAUGCUGCAAUAUGGCAGUGGAUGACCCCACCAGAGAAGCACCUACCUUCACCCCAUGAUGUGUUUGUUGGCAACUGGAAACCCACCAAGAAUGACACAUUGUCCAAAAGGGUACCUGGAUUUGGUGCCACAAUAAAUUUGCUCUAUGGGGAACAAACUUGUGGCCAGGGACCUGACAACGAGGCCAUGAACAACAUCGUUUCCCACUAUCUUUAUUACCUUGAUCUCAUGGGUGUUGGCAGAGAAGAGGCAGGGCCUAAUGAGGUUCUCUCCUGUGCUGAACAAGCUGCUUUUAAGCCCUCUGGCCCACCAUCUUCUGCCACAAAUUGAGCUUUAUUUGGCUGAGAUUCUUGGCCGGUCCAUUCUUGAAUCCUGCAAUGUCUUAAUAAAGGAGGCAAGUAGAAAAGAUAUUUCAACUACUUUGGCCUUCACAUGAGAGUGAAACGAGCUUGGAGUGGACAUUUUCAAUAGUUAAUUUCUGUAUAGAUUGUUACUUCGCCAUAUAUCUUGGCUUUUCAUGUUUUCUGUCCCUUCUUGUAUAAUUUGAAUAUAUAUUUUGAUAUAUAAUGUAUACAAUUGAAUAUUUCAUCAUUAAGGAUUGUGAACAAUUUUGUUGA